AUGACUGAUAAAGGCAUUGAUUUUCAAGUGAAGAGCUUGGUUGUAGACAAAACCCGCGUGGCAUUACAGUUGUGGGACACUGCAGGGCAAGAAAGGUUUCGCAGUAUAACCAAGCAGUAUUUCCGCAAAGCUGAUGGUGUGCUGGUGGUGUAUGAUGUCACAUCCGAGACUUCAUUCACUGCUGUCAGGAACUGGAUGAUAAGUGUUCAGGAAGGAAUGGAUGAGAGGGCAGCUAUUUGUCUACUUGGCAACAAGGUAGAUGCUGUAGACUGUGAACCACGACAGGUGUCCAAAACAGAAGGUGAAAGGUUAGCAGAGGAGUAUAAUGCAGUAUUCUACGAAUGCAGUGCCAAAUCAGGGUACAAUGUAAUGGAACCACUGAUGCAUGUGGCAAGAUUGCUGAGUGAACAGGAAGACAAACAGAGAGAGGAUGCUUUGCACUUAGAUGAUGACUGUAGCAAGAAAAAAGGUUGCUGCAAAUGAAAAUGAACAAAGGUCCAUUCGCCACUGUCAUGAGAGCUGAGAGAAGAUGGGUAACUUGAAUAAACUGACGGCUUCACUAGACAUUCCUGAGCUAUAGGAACGUGCCCUUAGUGUUUUACCAUAUUUGCCUUUAGAACCAUUUUUGCCUUUGAACAUAGAUGUAUUUUUGUCAUUGCUAUGUGUUGUGCUGCUGUGUCCCAUUUGUUACACCAAUUUAUACUUUGUGCAGCACACUGGCAAAAAAGCCGAUAACAGAUUUCAUAUGGCAUUCCUUUAGAAUCAACAUGGAUGUAUAUUGCAAUGAGAUAAUAGAAUUUGUAAUGUAUUCCUGUGCUUGAUAUUUGAAAUAGCAUUUAGCAAUGAAUGAACCAGUUUCUGUUGUAUAUGGCAGACAUUUUUUUUUCACAGUAUAAUAGUAUACAAGCAGCAUCCAUUAAUGAUGCCUAUAGUAUAUCCAUAGGGUCAAGUAUGCAGCCAAGUAGAAUAUACCUUUUAAAAGAGACAAUAUUUCUAGUGACUGAAACUGCAUAGAAUUAACAAUGUGAAAUAUUUAUUAAUCUCACUUGAAGUCUUUGGAGACUCCAGAACACUGCCAUAUGAGCUCCCACCAACACUAAUUGUCAAUUACCUUGUCCAUGUAAUGGCCAUUCUGUUCUAACUUUGUUGAAAUUGAAUUUAUAGGCAAGGUUAGUGUUCCAUCCCAUGUAGCUCUAAGAAACCUGGACCUUUUUAAAAUUACUUAUUAAAAAUGCUGUACCAAAGAUAAUUUAAAUAUCCAGCAGCAGGUCAAUAUCCUUUUUUUAAAAAAAUUACACUUUCCUGAAGGUGUCUCACAAUAUCAGUAUUGAAUAUUCAAUUAUCCUCAUGAACAAGUGCCACUUCAGAAUGAAAGCAACCCAGGUUUGACAGUGGUUGUAAUUUAAAGACAACUGGUCCAUCAGAGUGAAUAUUAAAUAUUGCUAAGAGAAACAGGAUGUCAAUGCUUUUCACCUUGCAUUUAUCAAAGCCAAUUCCAACAAUGUCAAAUUUCAAAUGAUCAGAACAAUCUAUCCCCUCAGAGUAAUUACUAUGAAAGGCAAAAUGGUCAUUGUAUAUGGACAGAAUUGGUGAUGCCACGUUACCACAACACAGCCGCCUUUGCCAAAAUGUGUUUGCGCAAGUAUGUACCGUGGAGUCUUUUAAAUUAUGUUUGCCGUGAUGACUUUUCCCUUCACUUAAAAAUAUGGUUUCCCGCUCUGUGACAAGGACACCCAUUACAUUGCCAGAGCAUUUUCAAAGAUUUUACAAUGAUUUCCAAGCCUUUCGGGGUUUUCCCCCUUUGAGAUCAGAUUGCACAUUGAUUUUUGAUCAAACUCUAUCUGACCAGAAAUGACUCUCAAAUGAGCACACCACAGUAUGAAGCUGACCCAUUUCCAAUUAGUAUUUACAGCAAAUGGGACAUUGCAAAAUGUUUUAGUAAAAUCAGGAAAAUAUUUCUUUGCACAAACCAACUUUCUCAGAACUUCUAUCAAAGUUCUAAAUAUUGUAAUGAAACAUUUUUAAGAAUGAUCAAAGCAGGCGGUGUUGAUUUCAGUGAGCAACUCAGGAGUUGAACUCUGUUCCAGGCAACUGAUGUUUCAAUGCCAAACUGUGUUUGAGUGGGCUAUAGUGCUGUGCCACCUAGUGGUGGCAUUCACAAUACGUGUGGCUCAAUCCGACAGACAAAAUCCAUGAUCAGACUGCAAGUUGAGUCUGAUUGAACAAAGCAUUGAAAUGGAGAAAGCUAUGGGUUCCCCAUGUUCCUAGGUAAUUCAAAUAUGGAACAAAGCUUGAAUAUUUUUCCUCUGCUUUGCAGGGUCCCUGCUUAUUAAUGUGUAUUAUUUCUAGCAAAUAUAAAUUAACUAUAAUAUGAGCCUGACAUGAUCUUAAAUUGGUUGUUAAUACAGCUGUUGGUGCACAAUUAGGAUUGUUCAGUAAGUGC